GCCUCGGUUCCUCGUGUUCGAGUGCCCGAGGGGAGGACCACCCCUUGGCCCCCGAGCAGGCGCCCGGCAUGGGUUAGUUAGGAAAGUGGUGGGGGCACCACCGAGUUCCGAGCAGGCAUUUCCCGCCUGCCGCGCCUCUGUUUACCGCUUUGUGGAUUUUCUGCAGGCGGCCGCCCAACCGUAGCGAGGGAUGGGGCGGGAGCCCGCGCGACCCCAGCCCCUAUAGGCUGCGAGGAAAGCCGCUCCAGCGCCGUCCGAGGGCUAGCCGGGAGCCGCCGGGAGGCGGCUGUGUGCGGAGGAGCUCCGGCCCAGGAGGUGCGCCGGUGCGGCGCGUUGGGGCCCUGGACGUGGCUGCAAGAGUGUCCAUAGCGGGGGCUUGAGUCCACCCAGCGAUGCAACUGGCCCGGGAAUGAGAUCUCCGGUCCUUCUGGGUGCCGGGCCCUCCUAGAGGGGGGGGCCAAAGAGCUAGGCCCCGCCCUCAAAGCGCGGGUUCGGCGGCUGGGGGAGGCGAGGGGGCGGGAGUGGGCGCCCUUUAAGACUUCAAGUGACUCACGGAGGAGGGGCGAAGGGGGCUCAAAGAUCUCUGUGAGUCGGCAAUGCCAAUAGUCUCAGGAUCGUCCUUGCACCCACUCCACUCCCUCCUUCCACCGAGACAUCCAGGUUAGAGGCCCUUUCCAGGUGAGCUCCUGCCGGCCAGCUGGGAACCUUACCGUAGGUCAGAGCUUUUCACAGGGCAGAAAUUUCCUGACAGGUGAAGGCUUUCCCCUUGAAGAGGGGAGCUACUCUCCAGAGAGAGGGACACGCAGGCACUGCUGUCCAGGACGCAGGCCAUGGAGCUGAGGCAACGAGACUACCGUGUGGAGCGGCCACUGCUGAACCAAGAACAGCUGGAGGAGCUGGGGAGCCGGAGCCAAGCACAAGUGACGCUCCAGUGGCGAACCUGGUUUCGGUGCUCCCGUGCGCGGGCCCAAGCCCUUCUGCUUCAAUACCUCCCGGUUUUGGCCUGGCUCCCCCAGUAUUCUGUGCGUGACUGGCUUCUGGGUGACUUGUUGUCUGGCCUGAGUGUGGCCAUUAUGCAGCUACCACAGGGCCUGGCCUAUGCCCUCCUGGCUGGACUGCCCCCCGUGUUUGGCCUCUACAGCUCCUUCUAUCCUGUCUUUGUUUAUUUCCUGUUUGGGACUUCCCGGCACAUCUCUGUGGGCACCUUUGCCGUCAUGUCCGUGAUGGUGGGCAGUGUGAUGGAAUCACUGGCUCCGGACGAUGCCUUCCUGCUGGGCUUGAACUCCACACUCGAUGUGGCAGCCAGAGACGCUACCCGGGUGCAGCUGGCCUCCACUCUCAGUGUCCUUGUUGGCCUCUUCCAGGUGGGGCUGGGCAUGGUCCACUUCGGCUUCGUGGUCACCUACCUAUCAGAGCCUCUGGUCCGAGCCUACACCACGGCCGCAUCCAUGCACGUGUUUGUCUCGCAACUCAAGUAUGUGUUUGGCCUCCAUCUAAGCAGCCGCUCUGGACCGCUGUCCCUCAUCUAUACAGUACUGGAGGUCUGCUGGAAGCUGCCCCAGACGGUGGUCGGUACCAUGGUCACUGCCAUAGUGGCGGGAGUGGUGCUCGUGCUGGUGAAGCUGCUGAAUGAAAAGCUACGGCGACAUCUGCCCAUGCCACUCCCCGGGGAGCUGCUCACGCUCAUCGGAGCCACAGGCAUCUCCUACGGUGUGGGCCUGAAGCAGGCAUUCGGGGUGGACAUCGUGGGCAAAAUCCCCGCGGGGCUGGUGCCCCCGACGGCCCCCCGCCCCCAGCUGUUCGCAAAGCUUCUGGGUAAUGCCUUCGCCAUCGCUGUGGUUGGGUUUGCCAUCGCCAUCUCGCUGGGCAAGAUCUUCGCCUUGAGGCACGGCUACCGGGUGUACAGCAACCAGGAGCUGGUGGCUCUCGGCCUCAGUAACCUCCUCGGGGGCAUCUUCCAGUGCUUCCCUGUGAGCUGCUCUAUGUCUCGGAGCCUGGUGCAGGAGAGCACGGGGGGCAACACACAGGUGGCUGGAGCCGUCUCCUCCCUCUUCAUCCUCAUUAUCAUCGUCAAACUGGGAGAACUCUUCCAAGACCUGCCCAAGGCGGUCCUGGCUGCCGUGGUCAUCGUGAACUUGAAGGGCAUGGUGAUGCAGUUCACUGACGUGGUCUCCCUCUGGAAGGCCAAUCGAAUGGAUCUGCUCAUCUGGGUGGUGACCUUUGUGGCCACCAUCCUGCUGAAUCUGGACCUCGGCCUGGCAGUGGCAGUAGUAUUCUCCCUGAUGCUCGUGGUGGUCCGCACCCAGAUGCCCCACUACUCUGUCCUGGGGCAGGUGCCAGACACAGAUAUUUACAGAGACGUGGCAGAGUACUCAGGGGCCAGGGAGGUCCCAGGUGUGAAGGUCUUCCGCUCCUCGGUCACCGUGUACUUCGCCAAUGCUGAGCUCUACAGUGACUCGCUGAAGCAGAGGUGUGGUGUGGAUGUGGACUACCUCCUCUCCCAGAAGAAGAAGCUGCUCCGGAAGCAAGAGCUGAAGCUGAAGCGACUGCAGAAGGAGAAUAAGCUCCCCAAACAGGCUGCCACCUCCAAGGGCACGUCCGUCUCCAUCAACGUCAACCCCACUGUCGUGGACAUCGAGAGCAACAACGAUGUGGAGGGCUCCAAGGCCAAGGAGGCGAGCGCAGGGACUGAGCUAGAGGAUACAGGAGCCUGGGCUCCAGAAGAUGCCAAAACCUCAGACAUGUCCUCGCUGAAGGCCCUAGGCCUGCCUCAGCCAGAUUUCCACACCCUCAUCCUGGACCUGAGCUCCUUUUCUUUCGUGGACACUGUGUGUCUCAAGAGCCUGAAGAAUAUUUUCCGCGACUUCCGGGAGAUCGAGGUGGAGGUGUACAUGGCCGCCUGCCACGCUCCUGUGAUCAUGCAGCUUGAGGAAGGGCACUUCUUCGACGCUUCUAUCACCAAGCAGCACCUCUUUGCCUCGGUCCACGACGCUGUCCUCUUUGCACUCCAACACCGGAGGUCCGGCCCCGUCGACCCUGUUUUGGUUACCAAACUCUGAUCAUGCUGCCAUUCCGCCUGAGACUGCCUGCCUCUGAAGGUUUGACAGGGUACACGUGAGAAACCCCCCACCCCUGGGCUGCCUCCGGACGUCACCAGGAGUCCCCUCCAUGCACGCACAUUCACACACAUAACUCAGGGAUGGAGGUCCUGGGACUCCAAAUUCAAUGCUCUAGGCUGGGGAUGAGACACUGGCCGAGUUGGAGGAGCAAGCGUGCUUUUAACCUCAGGAAUAAAGAUUUGUUUGCCUGA